UGAAAAGGGCAGGGAAGAAAAUUACUGAGGCAAAACCGUGGGGUUCGUCCCCAAAGAUUGACGUAGGGAGUGUCUUUAAUAACAAAGUCCAAAGGGUCUUUCCGAGGAAGUGUCAGUUCCAGAAUGCGUUAAGCUCCGGGGAAAAAGCACCAAGUUUUGUCUUUGCAAGGAUCUAAUUCUCGGGUCAAUGAAUUUAAUACUGGGAUGUAGUAAUGAGGUGGCUUGUUUCGUGGAUUCUAAUAGCCGCCAGCAUUCAUCAGGCUACUUGCCAGAAUUCCACCACCAUGCCACCCGCUCCCACCACCGCGGAGCCAUAUAACCGCACGCAGUACUGCAAGUGGCCCUGCAAGUGCCCCAAGAGCGCCCCCCACUGUCCACCGGGGGUCAGCCUGCUGAUGGACGGCUGCGACUGCUGCAGGACCUGCGCCAAGCAGGUGGGUGAGACGUGCAACGAGGCGGACGUGUGCGACCACCACAAAGGCCUGUACUGUGACUACAGCGCGGACAAGCCGAGGUACGAGAAAGGAGUGUGUGCAUAUCUGGUGGGCACAGGCUGCGAGCAUGACGGCGUGAUCUAUCGGAAUGGGCAGAGCUUCCAGCCCAGCUGCAAGUACCGCUGCCUGUGUGUGAACGGGGCCAUCGGCUGCGUGGCACUCUGCACCGACUCCCAGCCGCCCCUGGUGUGGUGUCCGUCGCCCAGGCGGGUCAAGCUGCGAGGCCACUGCUGCGAGCAGUGGAUCUGCGACGAGCCCAAGAAAGUACGGAAGACCGCUCCCAGACACGCUGUGGAAGUGUACCCAAGCGACAAUGAAGUCUGGCACAAGAACUGCGUGACCCAGACCACACCCUGGAGCCCCUGCUCCAAGACAUGCGGCCGUGGGCUGUCCACACGCAUCUCCAACGACAACAACCAGUGUGAGAUGGUGAAGGAGACGCGUUUGUGCAACCUACGCCCCUGCGACAUCGACAUCACCAAGCACAUCAAGCCAGGAAAGAAGUGUCUGAACAUUUACAGGGAGGAGCAGACCCAGAACCUCACCAUCUCGGGCUGUGUCAGCAAGAGGCCGUACCGGCCCAAGUACUGCGGCGUCUGCACCGACGAACGCUGCUGCAUCCCCUACAAGUCCCGCACCGUCCAGGUGGACUUCCAGUGCCCCAACGGAGACGUGCUCUCCUGGCAGGUGAUGUGGAUCAACGCCUGCUUCUGCAACCUCAGCUGCCGCAACCCCAACGACAUCUUCGCCGACCUGGAGCGCUAUUACGACUACCCUGAGAUCGUCAACUGACGUCAUCUGCAUCUUCCUCAGUACGUUAAGCCGACCCGAUGUUCAAUGU